UCGCUGCGCUUUUUUUUCCCAAAGCGCAGAAGAAAUGAUUUAUGGCGAAACUAUUUGCGAGCAGCAGCCGCUGCCGCGCGGAGCAACACAAAAUGGCCGCCGCUGGUGUGCGCUGAUCACCGCGCUGGCGACUGUGUUGCUCGUAAUGCGGUGUUUUUCUCGUGCCGCUGGACGCCUUCUCUCGUGACGCGAUGCGCUCGCCGUAACGUAGACAUGAAGAAGAUCCUCCUGAAGCCCGUCGAAGGCGGGCAGAAGUCGGUGGAGCUUAAAAUCGGCAAAACCAUCAUUGGCCGGGGCCCUCUUCUAGAAUGCAGCGACAAGAAGGUAUCCAGAAACCAUGCAGUCCUGGAAGUCACCGAAGAUGGCGAAGUCUUUCUCACACCUACACAUGUCAACCCCUGUUUCUACCAAGCGCAAGGCAAGGGGCCCUCGAAAGUGAUGAAGAAGGACAAGCAACAGUUGCUCCAGUCCGGUGAUUCCAUAGCACUGCUGCCAAACAGCUAUAAGUACAUUGUGGAAAUAAUCAACUCAUCAUCAACCUCAUCAAUAUCAGCAGACCUGAAAGAAUCCAGGCCUGCAGACGAUGGUGACAACAAGGACAGCAUUGCCGAGAAACCUGCCACGGCAGUCAUUCCUUCCGAGGAAGCGCGGAAAAACGGCAGCGCCGAAGAGAACCACCGCUCUACAACGACGGCGGUCGUUGCAAAGACGGAAAACGGGGACCGGGGAAGCUCGAAGGAGGCCAGUCCCGAGGCAGUCUCCAAGGUGACGCCGCCGGUGAGGAAGGGUGGUGGUGCACCCGCAAACAAGGGUGGUGAUGACGGCAGUGAGAGCAAGUCGUCGACAGGCGGCACGAGGACACUACCACGCUGGCUGCUAGACAGUGCUGCAAAAUCGGCUACGACUGCGGCAAGUGCGAAAGCCAAGGCCUCUAAUGUACAGAAGGGCAAAACGACCACCACUGAAUCGGCAACUCCAAAGAAAGCCGGGCGUGUAACGGGCAAGGAGCCGGCCACGAAAGCUCGUGGAAGGCAAGCAAAAGAAUCCGAGAGCGAGGAUGAGGGGGAAGAGGCCGACCAGAAGUCCGAAGGUGAGGCUGAGGAUGAAGAGGAAGAAGAGUCUGAGGAAGAGUACGAGCCCAAGAGGAAGAAGCCUGAGCAGGCAGAGCGGCGCUCCGUCACAGGUUCCGGCAGCAACCGGAAAGGCGGACGCUCUUCAAGGCAAAACCGUGGACUCAUGCAAAAAAUCUCGCUUGACGAUUUCAUCGCGAGUGACGACGACGAGUGGGACAACAGCUCGGACGAGUGGAAGCCAAAGAAGCGACGAAAACAGGUGGACGAUUCCGGCAGCGACUGGGAGGAGGAGAACCGCCGGACCAAGAAGGUGGCACGCUACGCGGCCUCCGACAGCGACUCUGCCAGUGACUGGGAGCGUGCAAGCCGCAGGAAGAAGCCUGCCACCAGAACACGAAACAGGCGGAAGAGGUCAUCGUCGGAGAGCGGCAGCUCUGAAGCGAGUGAAAAGGCCCCGGUCAGGAGAGGCCAGAGGCGACAGCCAGCAAAGCGGCCUAGCUGCAAGUACGGCAGAAAGUGCUUCAGAAAAAAUGCCCAACACCUGAAGCAGUUCAGUCAUCCCAAGGACUCUGACUAUGAAGGUUCCUCGGGAGACGAAGAUGAGGACGAGGAAGAGACCAAGGACAACGCCGAUGGUAGCGACGCCGAGAGCAGUAGUGACCGCGGCAAGAGGCAAACCAAACGACCGUCUGCCACUGCCGCAAGCAAAAAGCGUGCCAAGCCUCGAGUAGAAGAGAGUGAGGACGAAGAUGAAGACAGAAGCGGGGAUGAGGAUGACAGACCCAUGUGCCGAUACGGAAAAGAAUGCUUCAGGAAAAAUGCCCAGCACUUGAAGAACUUUAAGCACCCCCCUGCAGCCAGUAAAAAGAAAGAACCUGCAAAACGGACCAGCAAGAAAGCAGCUAAGUCCAGAGGGAAAGCCAAGGGCUCAUCCGAAGAGGAGGAAGAGGAGGCGAAGUCGGGCGACGAGUACGAAUGGAAGGACGACGAAGACGACGAAGCCAAGAAAAGCAACGAAGAAGACAGCAGCAGCGAACAAAAGAAGACAACGCCCGCCAAGCGGAAACGUGCCACGGAGCGCAAAGCCGCUCCCGUGUCUGACGACGACGAUUGAGUGUGCCGUGGAUACGCUGUUGUGGUGUGUGUGGUGUGCCCCUGUGCGUAGCUACACGGUGUUCUCUUGCAGUUGCUUUUUUUUUUUUUUUAAAUUGUUCUCUUCGAGUCCUGCGACAGUCGUGCUUCUUCAGUGGUGGUGUAACAUGCUUCUAAUGUCUGCCUGCCCACCUACCUACCUGCCUGCCUGCCUACUUGGUUCUGUGUAAUGGAACUCAUCGAAGCCAGUCCUUUGCAAUGUUUGGACCAAGGAAGUGACCCCAGUGUGGUUGGCGAACACGUGCUUCGAAAGAAAAGAUGAAAUGAUAUAAGCGUUCCAAAUGGUAACUUUUUUUUUUUCAUUUAUCAUUGUCAUGUCCUUGCCUGUAUCAUAGCUCACCAUUUUCUAUUCUUUUUUAAUACUUCGAGUUAGCAUGCAGUUUGUUUUGUUUGCAUUAAUGCAUUGAUAAGUUCAAAUCAAUAAAAGCUUAUAAUUUAGAAGGCCAUCAUGACGCUUCAAGGAUUGCUCAUAGUCAGCUAAGAAUGGAACUACUGUGUUACUAUCUGCCAAACUGGUUGUAGAAAAUGUGGUUACACAGGCAUGGUCUUCUUCUAUGGGCAAGGCUCAAUUGAAUGAAUGUGGAUAUAAUGAAUUACUAAAUGCAACGUAAUGGACUUAAAAUAUUUCACGCUGAUAUAAAACAUGUUCAAAAUAAAUGCUGGAUACUGUAAUGAAGGUGUUUUCUUGUCCGAUACAGCUAUGCUAUAAUGAACUUUUUAUUAGCCUAGUGGAUUACAAACGUAACUGUGAACAGUAGCGCAAAAAAUUCACACAGACGACGACAGAGCAAGACGGGACACAGCGCUAAACUAGAGAUGAAGUUUAAAAGGACAGACUGGUGGGCUAGUUGGUAUUGCAUAACUGUGAACAGUAGCGCAAAAAAUUCACACAGACGACGACAGAGCAAGACGGGACACAGCGCUAAACUAAAGAUGAAGUUUAAAAGGACAGACUGGUGGGCUAGUUGGUAUUGCAUAACUGUGAACAGUAGCGCAAAAAAUUCACACAGACGACGACAGAGCAAGACGGGACACAGCGCUAAACUAGUCUGUCCUUUUAAACUUCAUCUCUAGUUUAGCGCUGUGUCCCGUCUUGCUCUGUCGUCGUCUGUGUGAAUUUUUUGCGCUACUGUUCACAG